GGUCCGGUGCUCCUGUAAUCUGUUUCCUUUCACCUGUAAGUUAGUCAGUCAUAUAUUUUCUUGUAAAGCAGCCCUCCCCAGAGAUGUUUUCCUUAAAGCUUAAUGACAUUGUGUCACUUGUUUAAUACUGGGGUAACGUUCUUCUUUUAUUGUCAAAGCGUCAAAGUAUUACCAACAGAAGAACACAGGGUACAGUUGGUUUCUUUAUUGUAUGCAUGACCAACCUUGGUCACUAAAAGGGAGUUACACAUCCACCAACAUGUCUGAGGUCAGAGAAAAGUGAAACUGAAGCCCAGCCCUCUCUCUGUUCACGCCCCCCGAGCUGGUUGGUCAGUUCAGGAGGAGUUUUAAGGUGUCCAGCUUCAUUUUGACAUUUUCCCCUAACACAUGUUGGCUGUAAAGACAGAGAAGGAUUGGUGAGGUAUGCUGAAAAUAAAAAUGUAUACCAGUGCAAUGCUGCUCCUCAGACGCUGCCACAGCCUGACUAGAUUUGGACCUCUCAACACUCAAAGGCAUCAAGUGACCCCUGCUGUAGUGUCGUGUGCAGUUCGUCUCUGGAGCAGCAGCAGUGAGGAUGGGGGGUCCUACCAGCGCGCCCACGGUCCCAGAUGGAGACAUGGCCUGGCAGGACUGCUGGCCGGUACCGGGGCUGUCCUGGCUUAUGGCCUCCACCACCACAAGGCUGAGCAACAGGACUCCAGCACAGUGCAGACCAUAAAGAAGACCUCAGCGUUUCCUAUCAUCAGUCAGGAGGAGGUGACCACUCACCGCUCCCUGGAACAUGGCAUCUGGGUCACGUUCAAAGGAGGCGUCUACGAUAUCACUGAGUUCGUGGCCAUGCACCCUGGAGGGGAUAAAAUUUUGCUGGCAGCAGGGGGAGCUCUUGAACCUUUCUGGGCACUGUACGCUGUACACAACCAGGAACAUGUGCUGGAAAUGCUCUCAGAGUAUAAGGUUGGAGAGCUGAGUGCAGAAGAUGUGAAGAAGCAAAGGGCUAUCAAGACAUCAGACCCUUACUCUACGGAGCCCGAGCGCCACCCUGCCCUGCACAUCAACAACCUGAAGCCCUUCAACGCAGAGCCGCCUCCUGAGCUCCUCUCUGACAGCUUCAUCACCCCCUCCGCUAUCUUCUUCAAAAGGAACCACCUGCCCGUCCCCCAGGUGGACGCGGCUUCAUAUCAGCUGCACAUUGAGGGGCUACCUGGCGGAGUUCUGACGCUCUCUUUAGAGGAGUUAAAGACUCGAUUCCCCAAACACACCAUCACAGCCACGCUGCAGUGUGCCGGUAACCGCCGCUCAGAGAUGAACAAGGUGAAGCAGGUGAAAGGGCUGAACUGGGGCAUCGCUGCGAUCAGUAACGCCACGUGGGGGGGGGCGAGGCUCAGAGACGUGCUGCUGGCCGCUGGUUACUCGCCCGAUGUGGCUCAGCGCGCUUUCCACGUUCAGUUUGAAGGACUGGACAAAGACGUGACCGGGACGACAUACGGUGCUUCCAUCCCUCUAAACAAGGCCGUUAAUGAGGAAGGGGAUGUCCUGCUGGCUUAUGAGAUGAACGGCCAGGAUAUCCCCCCCGACCACGGCUACCCGGUGCGUGCUGUGGUGCCGGGCACAGUGGGCGCACGCAACGUGAAGUGGCUGGGGAAAAUCAUAGUGAGUGCAGAGGAAAGCAGCAGCCACUGGCAGCAGAACGACUACAAGGGCUUCGCCCCCGGGACGGACUGGGACACGGUGGACUUCAAGUCGGCUCCGGCCAUUCAGGAGCUCCCCAUCCAGUCGGCCAUCACCGUGCCGACAGACGGGGCCGUGGUGGACCGCAGUUCUGAAGAGGUGACCGUGAAGGGGUACGCCUGGAGUGGAGGGGGCAGAGAGGUGGUGCGUGUCGAUGUUUCUCUGGAUGGAGGGAAGACGUGGCAGGUGGCCCAGAUGAGGAGCAGUGAGAAGGGACAAGCCCCCGGACCCUCACCCCCCCCGGGACGGGCCUGGGCCUGGAAGCUGUGGGAGGUGACGGCACCUCUUCCUGCCGAGGCUCAGGAGCUGGAGAUAGUUUGUAAAGCGGUUGACAACAGUUACAACAUGCAGCCAGACACCGUUCCUCCCAUCUGGAACCUGAGGGGGGUCCUGAGUAACGCCUGGCACAGAGUGAAGGUAGAGAUCAGAGAAGACGAUAACGAGGAAUAGACUCCGUGGUUUCAUCCGUUUUCACAAUCCAAAAGGUUUGCGCUUGAAAAGGUUAUUUAAAUCUGUCACUUGUACUCAGCACAGAAGUGAUGGAGGGAAAUACGAUUUCAUAGACGCAUAGCUUUGAAGUAUUUAUGCAAGUGUUGCUUUUGAGAUUUGCGUUAAUCUGGAACGAAGCUAAAGGCUUACAUUUACCAAAACAUGUCCAGUUUUAUCGAUUGUUGAUUCACUUUGGUCUUAAGGGGAACAUGUUCAUUCUCUGGUCUUUUAGAAAAGAAAACAUUUUUCUAUGUAUUUUUGUAAUUGGUAUAUUGCAUCGGUUGAAUUAAUUGUGUGGUUAACAUAAUUUAAAAGCCUUAUUUAAAAUAAUAUUCUGAUAUCUAAUUGAAAUGUAUACACAUUCUAAGUGUAUUAUAAAGUCAUUACUUUAAAUGCUUGAUAUUAGAGUUGCAUGUUCACAAGAGUAGAACUGAAACUAAUUUAAUUUGGGAGCAUUGUUUAUCUGCCGCUGUGGCAUUGCUGACCUUGGGAAUAAACUAUUUAAUAACUUUUUUAUGGGAAAAACCAUAAAAAAAAACCCAUCAUCCGUUCAGUCAGUGGAACUGCCCUCCAAGAGCUGCAGCUCAGAGCAGCUGUGUUUAUACUACGGCGCUGCAGAAGAAGGGCGCUUCUGGACCACAGUUUAGACUACACUGUGUUUUGUGUCAAAUGUACAUUAUCGUUGAAGAUGAUAAAUAAAGAGCUCUAAUUUUACACUGACAUA